CGUCGAUCUUUGGCCGAAGAGGACUGGAAAUGUCGAAAAUCGAAACAAAUAUUACUAUGAAGAACGAACUCUGCUACGGACAGCACUACAACUAUGUUAGCAUGCAACCCGGUAGUACCAGGAGAACGCCGGAUAUUACGACAGCUGAUGGGGACAGAGCUCGUGGAACGAUCAAUAAUAUAAUACCACGUCGCCCCAGGUACCACCAUGCUAUCACACCAUCAAACAUCGUGCUUCCCAUACCUCGAGAUCUGAUAUACAUCAGCUCGCGAAGCGGAGGUGACAAGAGUCACACGGGAACUUUUGAUAAGUUUAUCAACGUUGGAUGGGACCGAAUCGCACAGCCGUCCCUGCGCUCGUUGAUGCUCGGCUCGAGUCGUGCAGUCUCGGCCGAGAGGUCCCUGUCAACCGAGCCGCUAGAGAAAGAGAGACGCCAAGACCCAAGGGCCACCCUUCGUCUCAUCAUCUUUUCGCGCUCAUAGCUGGGCAUAUCUGGUCUGAGCCAGGCAUGGUCUCCUCUCCUCUACUUCUCGAGGAAUCGCCUGGAAAAGGUCCCUUUACCUCGCGGGAUCCCCUUUCCGCUCCCCGCGAACGCCAAAGUCUCCCAAUGACGUAGCUUCCGUUCCUUCUCCGUUCUAGAGCGACGUAUUGAUCGUCUCUCUGCUCCUGAAGCUGCGGAGGCUGACACCAGAGGGAAACGAACAGAGCGGAGAGAGAACGUGUCUACGGCGGAGGGUGAGGAUUGUGCCGUAGAGCGUGCCUCUGUCGACGCUUAGAGACGGAAUGAGACGGAGGAGUUAGCCCUCCGUGUGUGUAUAUAUGUAGAACAGAUAGAAAAAGUUAAGUAUAGGAGGAGAGAAAGGAUACGGGGGCUCUUGCGCGAGGGGACGUUUUAAACGGUAGAGAAGUCGAAGCAUGAUAAGAUGAAAAAAAAAAUCGAGUAGAUAUAGCGACGAGAUGCUAUACUUUUUUUUUUCACCAAUAAUAUCGCUAGCUAAAGGGCGAAUAAAAAUAAUGAGGUAUAGAUGAACAAUAAAUGUUAAACGGAGGGUAAUGUGUACUGCUACGAAUAAAGAAAACCAU